GCAGCCCUAGUCUGUCUGUCACCUCUCCAAGAAGUUGUUCAGAGAACUCGGCACAUUGAGGGACUGAACGUAUUUUAAAUGGAGCAGAGAAAUUGGAGAUGAAAAAAGCUUAAAUAGCUAACCAUCCAAUACAAUUUUAAGUGGGAGUGCGGCCGUGAUGGGUGACACGGAGCUGGGUCUGUCUGCUGUACAGCCAGAGGAACUAGAACCGCAGAGCCCCUCCACAGCCUCCUCCUCUCUGUCCAUCUCCUCCUCUCCCUCCUUCUCUGUGCCCUCCUCCCCUUCCUCUGGAUCCUACCACCAUCAGCAGACCACCAGUCCCAGCCCCACUCACAGCGAUGGUCCAGCCGCCUCCAGCCCACCCCUGGAUGUCAUCUCGGAGGGCGUGGGCGAGCUGACCCUGGUCAUCGACCCCGAGGUGGCCAAGAUGGCCUGCCAGGAGGUGCUGCAGAAGGUGAAGUUCCUCAAAGGCGAAAGUGAGGGGUCAGGUUCUGGGUCUGAUGGUGGCAAUAGCACAGACCAAACACUGUUCAACGGGACUGUACAUACAGAGCCUAUCAAGCCCCCAAAAAUCCCCGGGGAGGAGGACUCUGAGUCACUGCCGCCAGGCUCGGUGAAAAGCGCGCGGCGGCGCCAGCGCCACAACCCCUCCAAGCAGUCGUGGCUGCUGCGGCUGUUUGAGUCCAAACUCUUCGACGUGUCAAUGGCCAUCUCCUAUCUACACAACUCCAAGGAGCCGGGUGUGCAGGCCUACAUCGGCAACCGUCUGUUCAGCUUCGGCCACGAGGAGGUGGACUUCUACCUGCCGCAGCUGCUCAACAUGUACAUCCACAUGGACGAGGAUGUGGGAGACGCCAUCAAGCCCUACGUGGUGCACCGCUGCCGUCAGAGUAUCUCCUUCUCGCUGCAGUGUGCCUGGCUGCUGGGCGCCUACUCCUCCGACAUGCACAUCUCCACACAGCGACACUCGCGCGGCACCAAGCUACGCAAACUCAUCUUCUCCGACGAACUCAAACCAGCUGCGGUCCGUGCCCGCCAGCCACUAAAGUUGGCCCCUUUCUGCCCACUUCCGACCGCUACGCCAUCCCUGCACGGGCACGGCUUGGGCGGAGAGCACGGUCUGUCGCCUACUAAGCGCACGCAUCAGCGCUCCAAGUCCGAUGCCACGGUCAGCAUCAGCCUGAGCAGCAACCUGAAGAGGACAGCGAGCAACCCCAAGGUGGAGAGCAAUCAGGACGAGCCGGCGCGUCUGGCACCCCAGAGAGAGUUCAUCAAGUCCCUGAUGGGCAUUGGGAAGCGGCUGGCCACGCUGCCCACUAAGGAGCAGAAGACGUCCCGGCUCAUCUCGGAGCUGUCGCUGCUCAACCACAAGCUGCCCGCCCGCGUCUGGCUGCCCACCGCCGCCUUCCACCACCACGUGGUGCGCGUCCCUCACACACAGGCUGUGGUGCUCAACUCCAAAGACAAGGCGCCGUACCUCAUCUAUGUGGAGGUUCUGGAGUGUGAGGACUUUGAGACGUCCAACGUUCCGGUGCGGAUCUCCGAGACGAGGAUCCGCAGCACGCGCUCAGUGGAGAACCUUCCGGACUGCGGCAUCACGGCGGAUCAGCGAGCCGGGGGCUUCUCAACGGUUCACAACUACGAUGAGGAUAACGAAGCCUGGUCUGUGGACGACAUCGGGGAUCUGCAGGUGGAGCUCCCAGAGUUCCACACCAACAGCUGUGACAACAUCUCCCAGUUCUCAGUGGACAGCAUCACCAGCCUGGACAGCAAGGAGCCCAUCUUCAUCGCUGCUGGAGACAUCAGGCGGCGUCUCUCAGAGCAGCUAGCUCACACACCAACCACAUUCAAGCGGGACCCAGAGGACCCUUCAGCAGUGGCCCUCAAGGAGCCGUGGCAGGAGAAGGUUCAGCGGAUAAGGGAGGGCUCCCCAUAUGGACACAUCCCUACCUGGAGGUUGUUGUCAGUCAUCGUCAAGUGUGGCGACGACCUUCGGCAAGAGCUCCUGGCCUCUCAAGUGCUGCAGCAGCUCCAGAUCAUCUGGGAACAGGAGCGUGUGCCUAUCCGGAUCAAACCCUAUAAGAUCCUGGUGAUCUCCUCUGACAGCGGCAUGAUUGAACCCAUAGUCAACGCAGUGUCCAUGCACCAGGUGAAGAAACAGAGCCAGAUGCCUCUGCUGGACUACUUCCUGCAGGAACACGGUACCCACACCACCGAGGCCUUCCUCACGGCCCAGCGCAACUUUGUCCAGAGCUGUGCAGGCUACUGUCUCAUCUGCUACCUGCUGCAGGUCAAAGACAGACACAAUGGCAACAUCCUGUUGGACGCUGAGGGCCACAUCAUCCACAUAGACUUUGGCUUCAUUCUGUCCAGUUCGCCCCGCAACCUUGGCUUCGAGACCUCUGCUUUCAAGCUCACCAACGAGUUUGUAGACGUGAUGGGAGGUCUGGAUGGAGACAUGUUUAAUGACUAGAAGAUACUCUGUUUCUCUCUCUAGGUGAUGGAGACAUGUGUAAUGACUAGAAGAUACUCUGUCUCUCUCUCUAGAUGAUGGAGACAUGUGUAAUGACUAGAAGAUACUCUGUCUCUCUCUCUAGGUGAUGGAGACAUGUGUAAUGACUAGAAGAUACUCUGUCUCUCUCUCUAGAUGAUGGAGACAUGUGUAAUGACUAGAAGAUACUCUGUCUCUCUCUCUAGAUGAUGGAGACAUGUGUAAUGACUAGAAGAUACUCUGUCUCUCUCUCUAGGUGAUGGAGACAUGUGUAAUGACUAGAAGAUACUCUGUCUCUCUCUCUAGAUGAUGGAGACAUGUGUAAUGACUAGAAGAUACUCUGUCUCUCUCUCUAGGUGAUGGAGACAUGUGUAAUGACUAGAAGAUACUCUGUCUCUCUCUCUAGAUGAUGGAGACAUGUGUAAUGACUAGAAGAUACUCUGUCUCUCUCUCUAGGUGAUGGAGACAUGUGUAAUGACUAGAAGAUACUCUGUCUCUCUCUCUAGGUGAUGGGAGGUCUGGAUGGAGACAUGUGUAAUGACUAGAAGAUACUCUGUCUCUCUCUCUAGGUGAUGGAGACAUGUGUAAUGACUAGAAGAUACUCUGUCUCUCUCUCUAGAUGAUGGAGACAUGUGUAAUGACUAGAAGAUACUCUGUCUCUCUCUCUAGGUGAUGGAGACAUGUGUAAUGACUAGAAGAUACUCUGUCUCUCUCUCUAGAUGAUGGAGACAUGUGUAAUGACUAGAAGAUACUCUGUCUCUCUCUCUAGGUGAUGGAGACAUGUGUAAUGACUAGAAGAUACUCUGUCUCUCUCUCUAGGUGAUGGAGACAUGUGUAAUGACUAGAAGAUACUCUGUCUCUCUCUCUAGGUGAUGGGAGGUCUGGAUGGAGACAUGUGUAAUGACUAGAAGAUACUCUGUCUCUCCCUCUAGGUGAUGGAGACAUGUGUAAUGACUAGAAGAUACUCUGUCUCUCUCUCUAGGUGAUGGAGACAUGUGUAAUGACUAGAAGAUACUCUGUCUCUCUCUCUAGAUGAUGGAGACAUGUGUAAUGACUAGAAGAUACUCUGUCUCUCUCUCUAGGUGAUGGAGACAUGUGUAAUGACUAGAAGAUACUCUGUCUCUCUCUCUAGAUGAUGGAGACAUGUGUAAUGACUAGAAGAUACUCUGUCUCUCUCUCUAGAUGAUGGAGACAUGUGUAAUGACUAGA